UGGUGAUGCGGAAGAAAAUGUAGAAGCACAUGCGCAGGCGCUGGAGGCACCUGACGGAGGUGAUAACCCAGCAGCGACCCUGGCGGAAGACAAGGCUACAAGCUUAAGGACUUAUAUAUAAUAUAUUACUUCUUUGGAUCAUCCACUCAUAAUUUUUCAUUUUCUUGAAGACAAUUUUAGUUUUUGCUUCACGCAGUGCGAAAGUGGUUCUUGCAGUCGUUUGCUAGUACUAGUAGUAAGUUUACAACAAGUACACCAUCGAGCCCCUUUUCUGAUCUAAAUCUCUAUUGUGGCAUGGAUUUAGAGCAGAGACAUAGCCAAUAUCGAAAAACGUAAAUAAGCGAGUAACUGCUGAAACUAAGCGAGAAGAUACUGAACAAGGAAGAGUAGCCCUGUCAAAGCUACCUCCCUUAUUUCAGUCACUAAUUCGGUUAUUUUGAGUUUUCGAAAUUAUAUGGGCCACAAGUGUCCACUCUAUGUCUAGAAGUCAUCGCCCAUUCACUUAUACCUCAUCUAUGGUUAGGCGCAUCUCUAUUACACUACGUCUAGUAGCACUGGCAUCAUUCGUUUCGACUUCCUUCUUGAUAUACCCCAUGAGUGAGUAGUACAUCUAUUAUCUAUCUAUCUAUCUAUCUAUCUAUCUCUAGUUCUUGAUAUUCUUCAUCUCUAACAUCUACCGCUGCCGCAGAAGCCGUUGGCUCGAUGGAUCCUCUCGACCCGGGUGGAGUUGAGUUUUACGAAGUCGCUGGAGGAGAGGUUAAGGCCAACAAAUUGACUAGGAUUCAAGUAGGAAAGGAGCUACUUUCUUGAGUGUGAGUGCGCUUUUUCCUUCCUUCUACGUCGAUGCCUUUCUCGCAGUUUCCUUCUUGGGUCUCUGCAGAAAUCGAAGAACAUCAUAAUCGCUUAUUUCAGCUUUUCGCAUAAUGCUUUUGGAAGUGUCUUCAUUUUGUACUUUUGGAAGCUCUAACACGGGCACAUACACAAAACUCGGACUGGCGGAAUAUUGGAUGCCACCCAAAGAGUCAGGAGACGGGGUUAUGAAUAAUCUUAUAAUCCUUAAAGUAAGUAAUAAAUUGCUUGCUUUAAAGUAAUAUUUUUCUGGCAUUAAAGUAAUUAUCCUUUUCUUGCAUUAAAGUAAUACUUUUGUCCAAUGAUCUUAAUCCUUAAAGUCAUGUCCAAUGAUCUUAAUCUUUAAAGUCAACGUAAUCUUGUUGAAAUAAACGAGUAAUUCACACAAUAAGAGAGUAUGAUCUAUCUGAAAUUAUUCCCGAGCUUACUCGCUUAUGUCAGUUUUUCGCAUAAUGCUUUUGGUGUCAUUUUUCUCCAUCUUUUUCUUUCUCAGGAUCCUCGGGGAGUAGCAAUCAUUAUCAUAUUAUAUUGUCCAUAUUUUUGACUCCUAUGCAACACAUUUAAGUGGUCGUUAGAGAACGACACAUUUGAGUAGAACAAGUGUUGCUUAUUAACAAGCGUAGUCACUACAUUUUUUUAGUAGAACUAGAACUGCUGACUAUCUUCAAUAGCGAUGGUCUUGAUAGUUAGAUCUGCUCCACCACGAAUUAUCAAUAGCCGCCUUGGUCCUCUUAUGUGCUAAAACUAGGAAAUGUAGUCUAUGUGAAGAGACACUUGCCAUGCCAUCUUGCUGACACUCGAAAUCUUGAAAUGCCUGUGUUAGUGACUGCAAAAAAUAAAGAGAGCUAGCCUCCUUCUUCAGCAGCUCAGCUGUUCUGUUACUCGCUUACUUUAUUUUCUAACCAGUAUGAGGAUGAAAAAGCGGAAGAGUCGAAUCCGAAGGCUGGCUGUCACAACAUGAAGAAGCGUGCGAUCGGUGUGGCCGACUGGUAUAAAAGUGCAGACGCGAACCAUGAAACCAUUGAGUAUCCAGCUUUACGACCACAGGAAGAAACAGAAUAAUGAAAUCGAACUACUUAAGUAAUGCUAACGUUAGAGUCUGAACCUUGUUAAUGUAUUCGAAAAACUGAAAUAACCGAGUAACUAUUGAAAAUAAGGGAGAUUGAUAUUGAGAGAAGAGGAACGUAGUCAAGACUCUCUUACUUCAGUCAGUAGCUCGCUUAUUUUGAGUUUUCGAGAAUAAACGCAUGCCUUUGGUUUCUACUACAACUUCUUAGCUACAAGAAGUAGGAAUCGAAUAAAAAAGAUGAUUAACGAUUGGUAGUCCCUCUGCGGCUACGCAUAUUUGCCCGAGGGUACAGGUCAAACUGUGGGCAGCGAGUCAACUCCUAUCCUAUCCUAAGGAAGCCGCUAGAAUUCCAUUUCUAGAAGAAGACAGGUGGUACCGCUGAAACUGAAAAAAAAACCGAAAAAAUGUUUCGCUGUAGAAUUUCAGUCAGAUGAGGAUUUGAAUAAUACUACCUCCUCCUAUUUGGUAUUCCUUCUUAGGACGGUGACGGACAACUGGAAGAAAUCGAAAUGAAGUCAACACCGCAGCUUCUCUCUUCUAUGUAUCUAUUUCCUUACAGAGUUCAUUCUUAGGACCCUUCUUCUUCCAUCAUAGAAGUAGCUACCUCCGUAAGUAGCGUGGUCUUCUGCGUAAAUAGCUACCUCCGUAGACGUGGUCUUCCGAAGACCGUCUUCGUCAUCAUGCUGUGUAUGUUCUUCUUCUUCAUCGUUUUGAGCUCUAACAGCCAGUCACUCUUGGAUUCCUGGGCGGAUUGACAGCAGUAACAACCUACGCCCAGGCCAGUGCGUUCCCGCAUUACCUACUUAUGGCCUCGACGUUCCGA